AUGCGUUUCACCCUCGCCAUUGCCCUUUCUGUCGCUCUCCUCAACUCUGUCUCCGCUGAGACCGUCUCACCAAGAGGGCUGGACGGCCUUCUGGGAGGCCUUCCACUCGACGGAUUGGCUGGCGGUUCGUCAGGUAACGGUGGUCAAGUCGACUGUAUCAAGCAGAACGCACUUCUGAACGUGAACGCUCUGACUUCCGUUCACUGCACCAACAACAACGGUGGUGGUUCCGGCCCCGCCGAGUCCCUUUCACGAAGAGGCUUGGACGGCCUCCUCGGCGGCCUUCCGAUCAACGGUUUGCUUGGCGGCGGCUCGGGCGGUGAUGGUGGCAAGCUCGACUGCGUCUCCCAGAAUGGACUGCUCUUGAGCGCCAACGUGUUGGCUAAAGCUGACUGCACCAACAACGCCGGCGGUGGUGGUCAACAAAUGGGCUGCGGUCAAUCGGGUGGCGGUUACUCCUCCGAUUCCACUACCGCCGAUUGCGCUAGCUAUUAA